GAAACGGCAACUUGCACCAGAAUCAUCUUCCAUGACGUCCAAGUCAAGGAUGCGCAGAACAUUGCGGUUAUCUCUAGAAACCUCGAGAUGACACCGCAAAAUUCCAAUGAGAAGCCUAUCUGGCCGUUUGGCGAUGAUCUAUGGUCCAAAUUUCGUCUAUAAAGAUGUCGUUCUUCGACGGGAAUCAAAGAUCCGUUUGAUCAGCAAGACAGAUCCAAACAACAGCAGAAAAACAACACAAGCCUUCACAAACGCGCUCAAAACACUACAAACUACCUAAUCAACCGCCUACUGAAUACAUCACUACUUCCACCACUAUAAUCAAAUCAGACAUACCUUUUCAUCAACCACACCUCUUCUUUUAAUUACAGCACAUUAAUCAACAACCAAAAUGUCGAUCUUCGCUCCCCGCUCAUCCGUCUACGAGCCUAGCUACAGCGGGCUCUUCCGACUCAUUGACGACUUCAACAACUAUGCCGUCGAGGCCAACAACAACAACUCUGAAGCCGCAACAACAUCCAAGCGCGGCCGCUCCAGCCUCAUCUCAGACAUUGUGAGCUGGACGCCCAAGUUCGACCUGCAGGAGACGCCCAACACGUACAUCCUGCACGGAGAAUUCCCGGGCAUGGACAAGAAGGACAUCAACAUCGAGUUCACCGACGACCAGACGGUGACCAUCCGCGGCCGCAGCGAGCGCUCGCACACGCACGAGGAGCCCGCCGACGAUGACGACGGCGACGCGGUCGUGGUUCCUUCCACCGGUGAGAAGAAGAGCGACAAGGAGGCCGCCGACAAGAAGUCGGACGACAACAGCAAGGACAAGCAGGUCGACAAGAGCAACGCCGGCCAGCACAAGGUCAAGUACUGGGUCUCGGAGCGUAGCUUUGGCGAGUUCUCGCGCUCCUUCAACUUCCCUGCCCGCAUCGACGCGGGCGGUGUCGUGGCCAAGUUAGACAAUGGCGUGCUGAACAUUGUCGUCCCCAAGAUGACCAAGCCGCAGGGCAGGAAGAUUUCGAUUGAGUAAUGUAACUGAUGGGCAUGGAAACAGGGAUCAUAGGAGUUGGUUUGACACUGUACCACUUUUGUAACGAUUUUACGACUAUUGAAGCAUUGUGUUUUUUGUUUGGUUUGUAUCUUUUCACUCGCAGUUAAUUCAAGAGAAAUAAACAAAAUUUUGUCAA